AUGGACCGCGGAAGAAGGCAGCUGUGCACAGGCGCAUGGGAGAGUAGAGGGGACGCGUGGGCGCAGCGGCUCUGGCGUCGGUGGUUGGCCACGGCGGUGCGCGGGGUGGUGGCUGUGACGCCGGGGCGAGCAGGGAGCACCGGCGCUGGAGCGUUGCGGUGGUGCAGCACUGGGAGCGAGGUGGAGGCACGCGCGCGGCCGGAGGCAAGAGCAAACGCCAAAAUACCAAGCGUAGACGAGGAACGUUGCCUGAGGGCUCCAUGGCGCUGUAGAGGGGCGCUGGCCGCGAGUGCUCUAAAAGAUGAUAAUGUCGUGAGUGCCAGAGGACGGACGCAGGGAUGCCUCCUCACGGCUGUAGAAAAAAGAAAGGAGGAAAGAGAGAAGCAUGCUGCCGACAAGGACGGUGACCCGGCCUCACCAGCUCUGAGCGCUUGGGACUUGAAAUUUGACAUGCACGGAUGA